CUUCCGGUAAAAACACGUGUGAUAUCCAGAAGCUGUCAACUCGAAACAAGAAGUUGUAUGUUUAUUCGGUAUUUGGAAUUUUCAAAGGACAAUCCUUUUUUCUGAGGACAGAGAGAAGAUCUGUUUGUUGUCAAACACAUCCUCUGACAAAGAUGGAGGACGUUAUGAAGGACAAGAGGUUCUCACACAUUGCUAUGGACCAUCGGUUCCGUAGAAUACCGCGACAGGACCGUAAGGUGAAAAUUGACAAAAGAUUCAAGGGUAUGUUUUCUGACAAGAAAUUUAAGAUGAAAUACACCAUAGAUAAAAGAGGACGUCCUUUGAACUUGUCAACAAAUGAAGACCUCCAUAAGUUUUAUGAGUUGGACAGUGAAGAGGAAGAUAGUGAUGAAAGCGAUGAGGAUAGAGAGAAAAAGAAAUUGAAAAAGAAACCUAAAAUAGGCCAGGAAAAUAAAGAUGUCCUUGUUGAUAGAAAGAAGUCUAGAGAUAAAAGAAGUAAGGAGAAGGAUGAAGAUGAAGAUUCUUUAAGUGAUGAGGAAGCUGAAUCCUCAUCAAGUGAUGAUGAAGAGAAAGACAGUGAAACAGAUGUAAAAGGGAGAGAUUUGGCCCGUGGAGAAGGAAACCUGGAGAGUUCCAGUGAUGAUGACGAUGAGGAGGAGGAGGAGAAGGAAAAAGGGCUGACAAAAUUAGUAGAUGGCGGAGUAGAUCAUAAAUGGAAUGAGCUGGACAGGGAGGCUCCAGAGGCCAGUGAACUGGGACUAAGACUGGCCGUAUGUAACCUUGACUGGGACAGGAUCAAGGCUGUAGACAUCUUUGUCCUCCUCAGUUCCUUCCUACCAACAGGAGGGGCCCUACGCUCUGUAAAGAUAUACCCAUCAGAGUUCGGCAAAACCAGAAUGGCAGAGGAGGCAAUAAAAGGCCCCACAGAGCUGGUCAAAUCUACUAAAGUGGAGGGUUUUGAUAGUGAGGAGGAAGUAACAGAGGAUGCUGAGGGAACAAUAUAUCAUCGAGAGAAGCUAAGGCAGUACCAGCUGACGAGAUUGAAGUAUUACUACGCCGUGGCUGAGUUUGAUUCUGUGGACACCGCUAACACCAUCUACGGGGCGUGUGAUGGCACCGAGUAUGAAAGUAGUGCCACACGUUUGGAUUUAAGGUUUAUCCCCGAUGAUAUGACGUUUGAUGAUCAGCAAGAGCUGAAAUCGGUCUGCACCACCAUGCCCACUUCUAAUGUGUACAAACCGUCCAUAUUCUUCACAUCAGCCCUUUGUCAAUCCAAGGUGGACCUUACCUGGGAUGAAACUGACCAUGACCGACUAAAGGUGACCAUGCGUGCACCGUCCAAGAUGGACACUGCCACAGAAGAUGAUUUCAAGGCCUAUCUGGCUUCAAGUUCCGGAGAGGAAGAUAAUCCUUACGGUAGUUUUUUGGGAGAAUCGGAUGAUGAAAAUCAGUCGGAGGAAUCGGAAAGUGAAGAAAAGCAAAUAGACAAAUACAGGGCCCUCUUACAAAACAUUCAGGAGACUGAGAAGGAACAGAAGGAUAAGGACAUAGGAAUGGAGGUCACAUGGGAACCAGGUUUAAAGCAGACAACAGAGAAACUCCUAAAAAAGAAGGAAGAAGAGAAGGACAGUACAACAUGGGAGAAGUAUCUGAUAAAGAAAAAGGAGAAAAGACAGAAGAAAAGAGAGGAAAGACAGAUGAAGGCUAAGGAAGAAAAGAAAGAAAACAAAGUGAAAGAGAAAACAAAUAAGAGUGACCGGGAAGAUGUUCCUGAGGAGGGCGAGGCCGCGUUCAGCGAUGAUGAUCUACCGGGCGGCGUUAACAUGUCAGAGUUUAUGGAUGUCAACUCACAAGUCCAGAAAGGAAAGAAGAAAAAGAAAAAGAGGGUAGUAGAAAAGCUAACUGAAGAGGAAAAGAAGGAGAAAGAAACAAAGGAGGCGGAGCUUUCCCUGUUGAUGAUGGAUGAGAAGGAGGAUGACAGACAUCACUUCAGCCUCAAUGACCUUGUCAAGGACAACACAACGACAAAGAAGAAAAAGAGGAAAUUCAAAAAGAAGGAUUUGUUGAAAAGUAAAACCAAAUCUGAAGAUGAUUUUAAGGUCGAUGUUGGAGACGAGCGUUUCACGGCCAUGUACUCGUCACACGUGUAUAAUCUCGAUCCCACCGCACCCGAGUACAAACGUACCAAGGGCAUGGAGGCCAUCGUGGAAGAGAAACUCCAACGCAGUAAAAAGAAGCGUGAUCAGCCCGGGGGUAGUAACAGGAAGAGGGACAGAGACGGGGACGUUACUGAACCUCAGACCAAAGUGAAACGGGACUCAAGUGUGAACGAACAUCGUGGACAGGAAGCUUCAUUAGAAUCGCUAAUUAAAUCAGUAAAAACAAAGACACAGAGAUACAACAUAAAAUCCAAAUCAAAGAGAUGACAGCAUUGUCGUCAGAUCUGAUGGCUAAGGACUGAACUAUCUCUAAACUUUAGCAAACAGUUGGCUCUCCAUCUGUGGUAUAAGUGUCUUUAUUUUGUAGAUUUUUUUUGCAGCUGAAACAAACCAUAUGAUACUGUAAACCUCAGGUUCCUGGAAAAGCUGUAUAGAAGGACCCUGUAGUAUUUUAUCAGGUUUGUCAGGCUUACAGGAUACAUUGGAACGUUGCUAGCCUUCAUAAUCUUCAGUGUCAUUGACAGCAACCCAGGCAGGAUUGUGAGACAACUGAUCUCUUAGGAUAAUUUUGUUUUGGUAAAGGUCAAACAGUACCUUAAAAGUCUACUAUAUGGGACAACCACAUUCAAGAUAACCAGUAGAGGAUUUUUAGAUUGUGACUAAAAUGUACACUAAUCUAUACAAUGGCUGCUAUGAAUUCUCAUUUAAAUCUAUAUUCCAGGGUAAAUGUCUUAAAAUCUUAAACUUAGUAUAAACAAAUAUUUAUCUGCAUCUCUGGUGUAUUAUUAUACAAGUUAUGUUUCUUGGAUAAUAAACAGGUUGUAUGUAACAGGUCUGUGUCACUGAAAGAGGUCAAGGGUCAAAAUAAGAUGUUUACCUGUUGCAGAGCUUGAAGGAAUUUUUCUUGUCAUUCUGCAAGACGAAGAUAAAAUGUUUCUGUCCAGUAAAUGGAUAUGUUUACUUGAUCCGUGGAUGUUCAAUGAUGUAGUAUGACAUUUUGUUAAUUUAUUUCAUUAGAAGAUAGGUAACAGGACUGUGAAUGAAGAUUUUUUAGUAUACUGACUGGUAGCCUUCACACCUGUAUUUGAUGAUGAAGUAAAUUAUGUUAAUAAUGAAAACUAUAACGCUUUUGUUUUAUUUUAACCAGCAAAAUUAUUUCACAUAUUUCAUUCACCAUCUGCCAUUACUGAUAAGAGUUGUCUGGUGAGUAGCUCUCGUUUGAUAUGAUUAACCAUUUUACAUUUUCAUUCAAGAAUACCAGUUCCACAGUUUCUUUUACCUAUACAAACGAAACCGACAUAUUGACCUGAUUUAAGACAAUGCAAGUCUACAUUGACCUGAUCUAAGACAAUGUAGGUCCAUAUUGACCUGAUAUAAGACAAUGUAGGUCCAUAUUGACCUGAUCUAAGACAAAGUAGGUCCACAUUGACCUGAUCUAAGACAA